UAUGUAAUACACCACUCCAAAAUAAAAAUUGCAUCAUUACUGGCAGCCGUUACGCACAGUACGUCAUGUGAUCCACUUAUAAAUAGAACGAUAACGUCAUCCCCACCGCUCUAAUAGUUCCAAGAGAUCCAGAUUCAGUAAAUUAUCGUACGACCAAGAAAGAUCCAAGAAAGGAAAUCUCCUCGACUUAGUCAUUUCUCGAUUUUCAAAACUAAGUGAAGACUUUGGCAAGAUUAAUAAUAUUUCCAACAUAGUCACAUUGGCUGCGUUACUUUAGCAACUUGGGGAAACCCCUUAUUCGGAAACGCAUGCAAAUACUGAUGUCAAUUGCAAAGUGUUUUAAAUGACUGAAUGGUCUGAAACCUGCCAAGAACACACUUCUUUACGUAUCUUCCAGAGUUGUCUUUGAAGUAUGAAGGCUUCGAAUCUAGGAGCAGUUGUGCUGUACUUCAUCGUGAUAUACUCAGACAAGCUGGUUACAGUAAACACGAGCCCUACAUGCAGCUGGGACCAGAUAACGCGCCUCAGUGGAAGCAAUGAGAGCUGCUGGGAUUGUCCUAGGUGUCCAAAGGGUCUUGGAUUGACCCCCCAGUGUUCGUCAUAUGUUAGUAUCGAUGUACCAAUUCACUGUGAAGGUUGCAAGAAAGGCAUAACUUAUUCAGAUGUGAACGAUAUCUCUUCUUGCAAACCAUGUACGAUUUGUGGGGACAACGAAAURACCAUAAGAAAGUGUAACACAACGCAUAACGCCAUUUGCGGCAAGUGUAAGCCGGGGUUCUACCGUUCGAUAACCGAAGACUGUUGGCCGUGUACAAAAUGUUGCCCAGACAGCACAUCUGAUGAGCUCGAGCCACAGUGCCUUAACCAAGGCUUAMCRACCAAGCAUUCAUGCAGACUAGACUUUAAAACACAGGAAUGUGCUARGCAAUCAACCCCGAAGAGUAAUAUCAACGAGGAUGUUAAGAGAACGAACUAUAGCAAUGAUUCUAUUGAUGGUCGUGCUGGACGUMAUAAURRCACGAYCAUCGUGCGUUACCAUAUAAUAACCAAGCUUGAUMAAAACAUCUGGAUAUUCCUAGGAAUUGGUGUGUUUAUUUGUCUUUUGGUUGGAGUAGUCGUUUAUGCUGCCAAGAACUGCCCGCGUUCGAGAAAUAGACCUC